GAAAAAAAAAAAAACAAAUUUAGAGGGUGGUUUGGGCCAAAUAUUUUGAAGGAAGAAAGAUGUCGUCAAAGUCGAGUGGGCGAAGGGAAAGAACCCGCCACCGGUCGUCCGAUUAUGAUUCCGACCAAAAACGAAGUAAGAGGAAGGUCACGGAUGAAGAAAUUAACGACUACUUGUCCAAGAAAGCUCACAGAAAGGCAAGUAAAGUGGCAAAAAAGUUGAAGUCUGAAACAGUUUCUGGAUAUUCCAAUGAUUCUAAUCCUUUCGGUGAUUCUACUCUCAAUGAAAAGUUUGUGUGGCGAAAGAAGAUUGAACGUGAUGUUUCCCAUGGUGCGUCUCUUGAAACAUUUUCAAUUAAAUCGGAGAAGAAGAGGCAAAGAGAAAGAAUGGCUGAGAUUGAGAAAGUGAAAAAGAGGAGGGAGGAAAGAGCUAUUGAAAAGGCACAUCAUGAGGAGGAAAUGGCAUUGUUAGCAAGAGAGCGUGCCCGGGCCGAGUUCCAAGACUGGGAGAAAAAGGAAGAAGAGUUUCAUUUUGAUCAAAGCAAAGUAAGGUCAGAGAUUCGCUUGCGUGAAGGGCGGAUGAAGCCAAUUGAUGUUCUCACUAAGCAUCUUGACCCUUCAGACGAUUAUGAUGUCGAAAUUAAUGAACCAUACAUGGUAUUCAAGGGUUUGUCUGUAAAAGAGAUGGAGGAACUUCAUGAGGACAUAAGAAUGCACCUCGACUUGGAUAGAGCAACACCAACACAUAUAAACUAUUGGGAGGCACUUUUGGUAGUUUCUGGAUGGGAGCUCUCUGAAGCACGAAAGAAGGACGCAUUGGAUAGAGCUAGAGUGCGUGGAGAACAGCUACCCCCUGAAUUAGCUGCUGAAGAGAGGGGUUUGCACUCAAGCAUUGAAGCAGAUGUGAAGUCUCUCUUAGAAGGAAAAACUUAUGGGGAACUGGAAGCCCUUCAAUCUCAGAUUGAGUCACAGAUGCGCUCAGGCACUGCUAAAGUAGUUGAAUAUUGGGAAGCUGUUGUAAAACGUCUGCACAUUUACAAGGCAAAGGCUUGUCUAAAGGAAAUACAUGCCAAGAUGCUACACAAGCACUUGGAGCACCUUGAAAAACCAAUAGAGGUUGUGGAUAUUGAGAAAGCAUGGAGUUCAAGGCCCGACGAUGAAGACGAUGAUCAAGAUGAAAAAGGUAAAACUUUGUCCAGUAUUCUAUUUGGCCUUCAAGUAAUUGCAUUUAGUUCACUUAAUCGUAAUCAUCAAUGUUUAGACGCUGAAAGUCUAGUUCAAGCUCAAGAGCUCUCUCCAGAGCCCAUUGAGGCACUGGAAGAAGAAUAUGCGGAGGCUGGAGCAUACUCGCCUGAGCUUGUGCAUGGCGAUGAAAAUGAACAAGCAUUUGACCCUGAAGAAGAUAUUGCCAUUCUGGAAAGGAACCGUUUGGCAAUUUUGGAAGAACGGCGGCUUCAGGAAUUGGCUUCAAGAUCAACUCCCUCUGAAGACAACUUUGAGAAGAAGGCCUUAAGAUCCAUGGGAGCCAUUGAAGAAGGUGAAGCAGUUUUUGGCUCUAAUGAUGAAAUUAACCUGGACUCGCAGGUUUACUGGUGGCAUGACAAAUACCGCCCUAGGAAGCCAAAGUAUUUCAAUCGGGUUCAUACUGGCUAUGAGUGGAAUAAGUACAACCAAACUCACUAUGACCAUGACAAUCCACCCCCAAAAACUGUGCAAGGAUACAAGUUCAAUAUCUUCUAUCCUGAUCUUGUUGACAAAUCGAAGGCUCCAUCUUACACAAUAGAGAAAGAUGAAGAUAGUUCUGAAACUUGCAUUAUAAGGUUUCAUGCUGGGCCCCCUUAUGAGGAUAUAGCAUUCCGUGUUGUUAACAAAGAAUGGGAAUAUUCACACAAGAAGGGUUUCAAGUGCACAUUUGAGCGAGGAAUUUUGCAUGUGUAUUUCAACAUCAAACGCCAUCGUUAUCGUCGUUGAUGCAUUUGGAGGGAGAACUUGCUCUGUUACUCACGUGUACA